GCCGAAGCCCGUGUGCCCUCUGGGGGAGGGAGAGAGAGAGGGGGAGAUGUCUGCGCACAUCCUGUCGCGCCUGCUCCCUCGAGUCCGUGCCGGAGCAAGCGUCCCGUCGGCGUCCGGAUCGGCAGACAUCCAUCCCACCCUUGAGGUCAUCGGCGGAGACAGGUUCCCGCUGCAGGCCCUUGGGCGUUCGUACCGGCCCUUCCCCUUGAUCGGGAGCAACCGGCACGUAGAGACCAUCUUCGCCGCCUUCUUUAGGUCCCUUCCCGAUGUCAGGUACCGGAGGGAGUGCCUCAGAACGGCCGACGGCGGUGCCGUCGCUCUUGAUUGGCCGGUAGGCGGUGACGAUCAACGGCUCGCGUCCGAUGCCCCUGUCCUUAUCCUUCUGCCAGGUCUGACAGGAGGAAGUGGAGACACGUAUGUCAGGCACAUGCUUGUACGAGCAAAAAAGAACGGAUGGCGAGUCGUAGUGUUCAAUAGCCGUGGAUGUGCAGAUAGUCCUGUCACAACGCCUCAGUUUUACUCGGCUUCAUUUACAGAAGAUCUGCGACAAGUGGUGUACCAUGUUGGCCAUUGUUUUCCAUAUUCAAAAUUGUAUGCAGCAGGUUGGUCUCUUGGAGCCAACAUACUUGUUCGUUAUCUUGGACAGGAAGCUCAUAGCUGUCCUCUUGCUGGAGCAGCAUCUCUGUGCAAUCCUUUUGACCUUGUUGUUGCCGAUGAAGAUUUCCAUAAAGGAUUCAAUGUCAUAUAUGACAAAGCUCUUGCAAGAGCACUCCGCAGAAUUUUCAAGAAGCAUGCACUCUUGUUUGAAGGUAUUGGAGGGGAAUACAAUAUUGAGUUAGCAGCUAAUGCCAAGUCUGUGAGGGAGUUUGAUGAUGGAUUGACACGGGUGUCGUUUGGUUACAAAUCUGUGGAUGAUUAUUAUUUUGAUGCAAGCAGCUCGCAUUCUAUAGAACAUGUGCAGACACCUUUGCUGUGUAUCCAGGCUUCUAACGAUCCAAUUGCACCUUCUAGGGGCAUACCUCGAGAACAAAUAAGGGGAAACCCUCAUUGUCUAUUGAUAGUUACUCCUAAAGGUGGGCAUCUCGGUUGGGUCGCUGGAGAUGAAGCUCCAUUUGGAUGUCCUUGGACGGACCCUGUUGUCAUGGAAUUUUUUGAACACAUUCAAGAAAAUAAAACUGACAGUCCCCUCCAUGGAGCAGAAGGUGCUCCGUCUUGCAAAGCGUCUUUGGGAGUGAUGGUUUGAGUUAGAUCCUUGAUACCGUUGACAAAUAAAUGCUGAUUCAUCUGAGAAAUCGUCCAGCUUUCAGUAUUGUCUGAUUACUUACUUGGUCAUGGCACAUUGCAGCCGAAGUGUAUUUUGCUUGCUUUAUAUUAUAUGGAGCACAUUUCCCACGUAAAUCUGCCGUCAUGUACUAUUUUCA